CCAAUAAACUAGAGUUGCCCUUCUCAGUUGUCAGAUGGACAAUCGAAAAUGUCAGUCUAUCUAAGCGACUCAGUGAGUGUCAUUGCUAUUGCGCUUUACAGAUUUAUAUGAUGGAAUUUACGUUUAAUUAAAAUAGAAGGGAUUAAAACCAUAAACUGUUAAUUUCUAUUAAGUAAAACGUAUUGUUAAUGUAUAAUAUCUUCGAAGUUCCAGUCACAACUGAGUGUUUUACAUAUAGUUGGAGAUAAAAAAAAACAUCCCAAGUGUAAUAAUAUUAUUAUAAUGGCCAAAAUUUAAUUGCUAUUCAAGUUAUUUGUGGCCAACUACCAAAAUUAACAAAAUGUCUCUUGUACACGGAGAUCCCUUAGACUUUUCUGGUUUGUUUAAACUAGAUGUGCUGGUUCAAAUAGAUGUAGCUACAUAUAGUUUCUAUGAAGUCGGCUUAAAAAAGUUUUUUGCAUUUUCAAGUGGCAAAGAGCUUAUAUUUAUUUAUAUCAAUCCACAAACCGGUAGAGCCGAAAAAAAUUAUGAUUGGGAUUUUUUGGAUAAUCCUAUAUACUGUAUGUGCUUCGAGCCUAGCGGUACUUGGGUUCUUAUGAUAAGCGAGCAGAAAGUGCUAUUGGUGCCAUUCUUGCCGCUGUUCGUUCCGCAAAAUGCAUUUGACCACAAAUGGUCACUGUCAAGUGUUACUGUGCUACCACUUGGCAGUAUUGCAGAGGCAACUUCAGUUGUGUUUUGGCUGACUAAAGAGUCAGAAAAUGUAGUCAUUAUUGGAUCUAAAACUGGUGCUAUUACAUUCUAUUCUUUGGAGUCCCAAUCUAUUGUGGGUGAAUGUAAAGUUGCAGGAGUUAUAACAGAUUUGCAAAUAUGCUAUGAUGAUUCGCUUGAUUUAUUGACUCUUUUGGUUUCCAGCACCAAAUGUCAUCAUUGGAAGCUUGUAUUAGAGCAUCGGUCUUUUGGUUACAACUGGCUUCAACAGACAAGAGCACAAAAUGAUAAAGACAAAAAGGACAGCUUCAUGUCUUAUAUAAGACAGUUGUCUAAGGAUAAAAUAACUUUAUUGAUACAGGGUGGAUCAAAAGAUGACAACAAGGCUCAAACAGUGGAAUAUGUGCUGAAACCUACAGAUUACUUACCUAUGUUCCGCCAGGGAUCUAAUAAUUGGGCUCUUACAGCACAGUAUGUGAAUGGGAGACAUUUCCUGACAGCAUUUGAGCUUAAUGAAGGGACAAUGAUUCUGGAAAGCCCAGAAGAAGAUACACCUUCGAGGACUCUUAGGCCUAAAAUCAAAAAAGAUGGUCAAUAUAUUCAAGGUCUUUGGUCCCAAAGAAUAAUUUAUUUAUUAAGAAAAAAUGAAUUGGAAAUUCAUAGUUCAUGUUUUUCAAUUAUUCAGGGUGAAGGUUUAUUGGGCACUAAAAGAGAUUUCACACUGUUGUGGUCAGCAGAAUUGAUUGGUGAUAUCAUCCAAGCUCAUCUGAUGUCAACAAAAGAGCCUCCGCCCGCAAUCACGGGAUGGCAACAACCUACGUUUAUGUGUGAUUUGCAAAUCCCUCGCUUUAACCUAGAACCAUGUCUUAUUGUCACAACACACGGGGCUUAUGUAUUGAGCACUAUGUGCGAGCCAUGUGAAUGGCUGGUGGGAUUGAUAAUGCGCGGGUGUACGGGUGCGGAGCAGUCUGCGGCGGGGAUGGGCGCGCCGGUGGGCCCGCUGUUACGUGCUGCGGCCGACAUGCUCAUGUCUAGAGGGAAUGUCGCGCCGGCGCAGUACUUGUUCUCUUUGUCUCAGAGUCCAUCAGAUGGUUGGGUUGCGCGUUUAGGUGUUUUUGGUCGUAUACAAGAAAUAACGCAUUACAAACCGACAAGCAAUUUAGGCAGCCUCGGCAAUACGGCGGUCACCAUAAAACUAUUGGCAUUUCUUAUCCAAAUGAGAGUGCGUGAAGAUAAAAAGUUUGACAAGAGCAUAAAGUUCACAAUGCUGAAUACAGUUGAACUUCAAGAGCUAACAUCGUUUGCUGCUGCUAUUGGUCUUUGGGAUUUAGUACCAGCAUUUAGUAUUCAGCGUGGGCACCCUAACUUGCUUCUAGUUGCCAUUAAGUCAAGAAAAGAUAUAUGUCGCGGAGCACUAAAUAUUCUCCUAACGUACCAAUGUCUGGUUCCAUUACUUUUAGAAGAAAAUGGACAGUGGUUGUUUGAUUAUAUUACUGAUAAAUGUGAUCAAUUUGAUACAAUAAUUUUAAAGCGGUUGUGUUUAUGGCUAAAUCCGCUACAAGACCAAUUGAGACCGUUAAUGCGAGAUAUGAAACAAGGAAUCACUACGAUUUAUACAACAAGAAUGUUGAAUUUAAUAUCGACAUUCACUAAAGUCGCAUGUGCGGUGGAAGCUCGAGAACCAUGUCCAGAAAUACAUUUAGAAGUGACACAAGUGCCAGAGACGUGGAAAAAUCAGUUUGUACCGAGACGUGCUCUAAGCUGUGGGCUGGCGCACUGGGCCGUGGCCGACGAAGGGAAUGCUAAAAUUAUGAACACAAACACUCCUGUUAAUACUGAGUUGAUAGGUAGAGUCCUUGAUGUGGCCUGCGGUAGACACCAUACGCUUGUCUUGACAGAAAAUGGGAUAUACGCGGCGGGGGACAACAUGUUCGGGCAGCUGGGCGUGGGCGCGGCGUGGGGCGGCUGGCGCUGCGACGUGGCGCGCGCGCCGGGCGCGGGCGCGGGCGCGGCGGCGGGCGCGCUGCUGCACGUCGCCGCGCACUGGACCGCGCCGCUCUGCGCCGUCGCCGCCGGCCACUACCACUCCGCCGCCAUCGACGUCGGCGGCCGACUUUACACUUGGGGAUGGGGAGUUCAUGGUCAGUUAGGUUUGGGCACCAUCGAUGAUCACAGCGUCCCACAACUUGUCACUAAGCUUUUGGGUAGAAAAGUGGUGCGCGUGUCGUGCGGCGCGUGCCACUCGCUGGUGCUGGUGCGCAGCGGCGAGGUGUGGGCCUUCGGCAGCGGCGCCUUCGGGCAGCUCGGCGCCGCGCCGCGCAAGGCCUCCGCGCCCGUGCGCGUGCUGCUGCCCGCCUGCGACCCCGUCACGCACAUCGCCGCCGGAUACUUCCACAACCUGGCGCUGACGAGCAAGGGUCAGGUGUGGACGUGGGGCGCGAGCCCGCAGCAGGUGCGCGCGGCGGCGGCGCGGCGCGCCUCCUCCCCCGCCACCCCCGCCGCCCCCGCCACACCAGCCACACCCGCCAGCCCCACCUCACCCACGGCGCCUGAAGUACCGCAAGAUGUGCAUCUACUUCCACAUCAACUUGAUCUCACUCAUAUUAGAGGCGAUAUUGUUCAGUUGGCAGCAGGCUGGCAUCACUCUUUCAUAAUGAAUAAUUUCGGAACACUCUACGGUUGGGGUUUAAAUUUCGAUGGACAACUAGGCACCGGAGAUCGUAAGCAGGUGCAGGCCCCGACAGAGAUAAAAAUCCGCACGGACAUUCAGCCAGACACAGUAAAAAAUACCAACUCUAAAACACCAGAAGUUGAAAAUAAACAAUUUAAAACCAAAGCACUUGUCGCUUGCGGCGGCGACUUUACUAUUUACAUCGAUGAUGACGGUCGGAUAUAUACAACUGGAAAUACUCAUAUGCAGGUAAGAAAUAACAAGGAUAAAGGCGGUAAUAGGAUUAUAAUGAUGAAAACUACGAAGCGUAUAAUCAAGAUACCAGCGAAUCGCAACAACAACAAGUUCAUGUUUCAACCUAUUGACAGAGUCGAUAUCAUGUUCCCUUUUGAUACAGAUGACUUGCAAAGGAAGCCCAUAGAACCGCAGUUAAAUCCGCUGACGUCCUUUAAGGACUUUACCAACACAUCAUGGGCAGACGAUGUCCUAAUUCUCUUAACUUGGAUAAGCGACCAAAACGUGAACGGGAAUCUCAAUAUGGCAGCUAAACUAGCUUAUCAUAAUAAUUGUUAUUCGGAAUGCUUAAGGUUACUGUUAGAAAAUUUAAAAUGUGAAGUUGCGCAAGAUUGUUUUAUUCGAUACACAAUGUCACCCAAAACGAUGAAAAGACAGAAAAAGCAGCAGCAUGCGGAUGUUAAGAAAAUAUUAAUCAGGUCCACUAUGGCUAAGAGGAUUAAAGAAAUUUCCUUGACUAUUCUAAAUGAAGAACCAUAUCCGCCAAUUGACCCUGCUAUAUAUCAAACAUUGGCGUGUUGUUGUGACGAAAUGCGGUACAUAAAAAGGCAAAUCACACAAAAAUAUAAUACUUAUGAAAUGGAAGAAGACAUGUCAGUGAGGGCAGCUAAUAUUACUGACAAAUGCGUAGAGGUUUUUCCUGUUAACGCGGACUUAUGGGAGGCUUGUUUCCGCAUAGCGAAGGACUUUUACGUGGAAAACAACUUGAGUAUCUCAGAACUUGAACGCGUAUUACGUAAAUACAUGGAAUCAAAUCCAACGACUAUGGCAGGUGCAGUUUUAUACUCAAAUGACUGUACUCAGUACAGUGAAAUCUUGUCGUCUAAGUUUUACUUGAAUAUGUGCAGCCAAGUUUUAGAUACAUGGGGUUGAAUGUGAGGCAAAGCAUCCUUUAACCUUCAAGGCGACUCAUGUUGCGCAAUAUCGGACUAUACAGGUGUUAAGCUCUUCGUUUGUGUAACAAAUUAUAUGUCUUAUCCAUUAAACGAAUCUUGCCCCAAUAUUUUUAGAUAUAGCUUUAUUAAUGGGAUGGCUUUGGAUUUAGUUUUUGUCGAAGUAAAUGCAGAGUACAUUAACGCUUCUCUGGUGACCAUCACAUUGGAAGACAGAAUAUUUCUAACUUACUCUUAGAUGUAACUAGGAUUUCUGCACACUGUUUAUUAGUUUUGUAUUCGUUAUAUUACGUUAUAUACUUAUUACAGUCCCUCAAUCGUUUGAGGCAUUCUUCGAUACCCGUUGUUAUUUUAUAUAUUACUUGUCAUUCAGCAGAGCUUAAUUUGAAGAAGAAUAUUUUGCUUUAAUUUAACAUUCAAUGUAGGAAAAUAUUAUCGGACUCUCAAAUAUUUAUUCCUCUCAAGUAUUUAUGUAGCGUUAUAGUAUUCGAGCUUCAAUAGGGUAACAUGGGGUCAUUUACUAUUACUAUAAAUAAUAAGCAGUUUUAAUUAUAAAUUUUUAUUUUACUUCUCGCGAUUUACCUGUUUACUCUAAAAUUAUAUUUUAAUUUUUAUUGUUGUUUUGUAGAGCUGGAAAUAUUUAUGUGCCACUAUGAGAUAAGUUGUGAGAUAUUUAGUAUUGUAGCUUACCCGCUCUUGACAAAUUGUAGAGUAUAUCUAUUUAAAUAUUGUAAGUCACAAAACGUAACUACACCCAUACUUGUUGGCGAUUACAAUCAGUCGCCGUUAUUUUUCUAGUCACAAUGUAGAGAUUUUAUGUAUGACUGUCAUUUAUAUACUAUUGUUUUUUUUCUACCUUGGUGCAUUAGAAUGCAUUGUGCUAAAUCAAUGCUUUAUUUAAUAAAUAAUAAAA